CAUCGUCAUCCACCAAACAUUCUUUCGGCCAGGCGCUUUCACGCGCUUGCAGCUCCCGGCCAGUAUCUCCUAUCACGCCAUUAAGAACAAGCAUGCAGAAUUUCCCUCAAUACACAGCUCUAUCAUUAUGCCGCGCACUUUCCCUCCAGUCGACGGCAAAGAUGCAACAUCCCACACCCUUUCUCCCUCGCUGAUAGAGUCUACUGCCGGCUUCACAGCAGGUCUGGUCGCCACUUUGGCCGUUCACCCUUUUGAUGUCUUGAAAACUCGACUGCAAUUGGACACCUCGAGAGGGCAAUGGGGGAACUCCGCAAGAAUUCUCCAGCAGAUUAUUCAUACGGAGGGUGGAUACUCUGCACUCUAUAGAGGCUUGAUGCCAAACAUGAUCGGAAAUUCCGUAUCUUGGGCAUUGUAUUUUUUAUGGUACCGUAAUCUCAAAGAUCUCAUUGCAACGUAUCGUGGCCAAGGAGUCCAGUUGACUUCUGCUGAUUACUUCGCUGCAUCUGGGAUUUCUGGUGUACUUACUUCCGUGUGCACAAACCCAAUUUGGGUUAUCAAAACGCGCAUGCUCCAGACAGGGCGGAACUCUCCAAAGGCUUACCGAGGAAUUUCGCAUGGUAUUGCCGAGAUAGUGCGCACUGAGGGCAUAAAAGGGUUCUGGCGAGGCUUGGUCCCCUCUCUCCUCGGAAACUCGCAUGGGGCCGUUCAGUUUGCGGCCUACGAAAAUUUAAAGAACAGAAGUCGAUCAAAGUUGGGGCCUGGUCAGGAACUCAGCAACUGGGACUACCUAGUCUUAAGUGGCAGCUCCAAAAUUUUUGCUGGCAGCAUCACAUAUCCGUAUCAGGUGGUAAGGUCAAGAUUGCAAACCUACGAGGCUGGCUCAACGUAUCGAGGAGCUGGAGAUGCUGUCGUGCAGAUAUGGAGCAAAGAAGGUGUGAGAGGUUUUUACAAGGGCCUAUUGCCGAACAUCAUUCGUGUUUUGCCAUCUACAUGUGUUACUUUUCUCGUCUACGAGAACACAAAAUAUUACUUGCCGCGUCUUUACAAUACCGCUGUGAAGAUCGAGGUAGAGUAAGGAUGUGCCAUCUCUGCUUUAGCUGCACGUCUUUGGGAUCAUCGAGGAGCGGGGAUUGUACCUAUUUCGCGCCUCAUGGCCCACUUCCACACAAAGUCAAACCUGCUUUAUGUUAUGCAAGGAGCAGAGGCGUAGAUGUGGCAUUUUGGUUGCUCGGGACUGUUCUCCCGAAAUGUCUCACCAUUCUCCUAUCACAGGCGCUAGGCCGCUCCAUUGUCUCUAGCAGCAGUUGUGUUGAGCAAUAUACCCCUUGUUACGAUGCAUAACAUAUUGCUAAAGCAAGUGUCUAAAGUUUUUGGUCAGAGAGACAAUCGCGACGUCGAUCAACGCCGUGUGUUUCCGCAUCGCACUAACGACGCAUUUUUUCGAGGAAGUCCUCUGCUCCUGAGCUCCUGAGUAGGAGGAAUGCUGGUUAAAAUGCUGACGCACAGCUAACACAGAGGAAUUCCCAGUCGUCAUUGGAGAACCAAGUGCUGCAACUGUCACAACACACCCAAAAAUUUGUCAAUAGAAUUACGACAGCUGGACUUAGCCAUCUAUUGAUAUGGUACUGCUAUCACGACAUUGUUCCAUGUAAUGACAAUGGUAGACAUUGGUACCUUGAACUUCCUAGGGACGAAAUGCUCGGCUAGAUACGUCUCGGAUUUGAGAUUGCACAAGCAAAGUCCAAAACAACAAUCGCCAACUGCCUUGGCGUCUUCAAGAGGCUAUCAAAGAGCUGGGGGUUGAUGAUCGGAUAGUAGCCUCCAAGUCAACGCGACUGAGCAACGAAAAGGACAUGAGACAGCACGAGAUGAUUGCUCUACGGUUUAUCUACAUUUCAAGUUACCUGGUCGCGGGGGAGAAACUCGAAGCAGAUAGAUAUCUAGUCACGUGCUGGCUUCCGAUACCAAAGACUGUUUGGGCUGAUUGGCAGGCACAAGUGUUGGAUUGGAUCGAGAACUACAUGGAAGUCGUGAUACGGCCGGCCAUUGACUACAAUCAGAAUGUCUCACGUAUGGAAUGUUUAGCACAUCUGGCAACUCGGAAACACAUCCGUGCAAUGUUCAGACGUAUCUGUCCAUAUCAAAGAGAAUCACCUCUGCCUUCAUCAAGCACUUACUACGAUCCGAUGGAUUCAAGCAAACGAACUUAUUGCAAAACGCGAAAAUAUGCUGUCAUCAGAAGGCACAUUGGUUUGGAGGCUAUCUUGGCCCGAAUCCGCGGACCUCCUCUUCACCAUACGUGCCCAUUAAUGAUCAUGAGCGACGUAGGAAAUCAGCACCGGCCCUGCAUAAUGACGAAAACAUGUUGUUGGAUCUGCGGGAGGAAAUGGACAGCAUGCGAGCGGAUAUUGAGCUCAAAAGUGUGCAUUGCAAGCUUGAUGAGAAUGGACCAAAAGCGCAUGUUCUCAUGAAGCUGACGAAGCAACAAGAAGGACUUGCAUCACGCGCUCGCAUACAUUUAAAAAAAAAAAAAAAAAAAAAAAAA